AUGAUGGUGAUGCGAGUGCGAGUGCCAACCUGCCGGCUACUGAAAUUUCGAUUUGUUUUCGCGUUUUUAAACGACUUUUACGUCCUGGAUGUGGUGGCUGGAGAGGUCGAAGCUACCCGCGGGAUAGCGUCCAAUCACGGCAGAACACAGAGUGCCAGUGCCGCCCAAGGUGGCCGACCACAGUAUGCCCAUCGGGCAUGCGGCAUCCGGCUUUCAGCCAAGCGUGGGCGAGACAAGCGUCUGCCGGAGGAGAAUCGGUUGCUCAACCUUGUUGUAGCAGGGGAAGCAGCAUCACAUGAUGACUGGGAGGCUGCUGGUGGACAGGUGCAAGAGCCGGGCACUCCCCCGCCAGAGCGCCGCCGCCCCGUCGCCUUUCCUGGCACAGCCGGCCGUUCCGAGUGUAAAGCGCUAGCUGUUGGCGCCCCUCGGCUGCCAUUGGCUGUGCUCCUGGUCUGGGCCUCAGCCUUUCCCGUGCGUUUCUCACUGCCGUUUUUUGCCAGUGAUCAAGUGACGGCCGGCCGUCGGCGCCUCCAGGCUGCCGCAGGCUGUGCUUUUCACUCGGCUCUUUCCCUGUCAGGUCGUGCUGGCAGUUUUUUAUUUCCAAUUUACAUCAAGCCGGGCCCCUUGGGGACCACCUUUGCAACUGCCAGCUCAAUUUCGGUUGUUUGCGCCUCCGGGCUGCCGCCGCAUUGGGCUCAGCUGGCGACGACGGCCGCUGGCACAGCACACAGCCAUCGGGCUGCUGCCGCGGCCGCCGAGCUGCGGGCUUCAACCGCUAACGCAACAGUCGUUCCCCAGUCUGUCGGCCGCUGGCGCUCCCUCGGGCAGCCGCGGCGUUCGCGCGAUGCCUCUCCAGCUGCCCGCCGCAACCUCACUGCCCACGCCGUCCCAGCCGGCAGUGCGCCUGCCUUGGCAGCCACUGGCCGUGGUGACGCGCGUGGCGCAGCGUCCGUCGUUACAGUGCUGGACGACACGCCCCCCAACACUCCGCGGGAGUCCGACAUCUCCCUCAACACGCCGCCCGCUUUCCCAGAGGCGGACUUGUGUGCGAUCUGCCUGGACCCCAUCGACCCCACAACCACCGGCGAGGCAUCAGCAGUCCUCCACCCGACGUGCGCCCGCCACCGCUUGCACCUCGCGUGUCUUGCGCAGCAGCGGGCCCAACCCGAUGCUCCAGCAGACAUGCACUGCCCGGUCUGCGCUGCGGGAGGCUGGGCCGAUGCCGACGACCAAUGGUUGCGAGCGGCGUGUGCGGCACGGGGGAUCGAGGCGCCCACACGGCUGCCCGCCCCUUCCACCGUGCGCCAGGGCAUAGCGGACUAUACGAUCCGCACAUUCACAUCCAACGAUGCGCCCGAACCUCAGCCACCAACUCAUGUGCGCGUGCUCUGCUGCCGCCGAGUCGCAGCCGUGCGUGGGGACGAAGGGGAAAUCAACUUCGUUGAGCUCCCGGACCGGAGAAUGCAGUGGUCACCCAUCGCCGUCCGCGGCGACACCGGCAUCAUGGCAUGGCGAUUGUCGUGGGCUUGCCCGCGCUGCUCGCGAGUCCUGGACUGGGAAGAGGCUGCGGUGCUUGCCGACGCUGGCACGCCCUGUGCCGACUGUCGCCGGCCUCGGAGUUGGGAGUUCGACGCCACAGCUCGCACUGCCUGUUUGUGCUGCGCUUGCGGACGGCAGCCGCAGCCGAUCGCCGGGGCACCCGAGGCGCUCGCCGGACUCCCCGAUGCGCCUGCCAGCGAUCCAGCCCCCGUGCGCGGGUCGUGGUACGAAGUCGGCCCGCCAGCAGGGAACCCGCACUCAGCCACAAACUCCUGGUUGUUCGUCCCGCUCCUGCACGCCGCGUGCGGCACCCUGUCCCCGCGAGCCGUCGAAGCAUGGAGCCGUGAGGAGCGCUGCCAGCCCUGGUGGGGUGAAGCACGCCACACGCUCCUUCAUUCGGCUCCGGUUGCGGCCGCCCUGCUCCUCGAUGCCCUUCGCGAGGCAGCUGCCCGGCACCACACUCCGCCUCCCCAAAGCAUCAUCGCUGCAGCCCAGGCCUUGCCCUCCGGCGCUGAGCUGCAUUUAGGUUGGGUCGUUCGUCAGCUCGCCUCUGCCGACGGCUACAUCCAUGCAGCAGCGCAGGAAGUGUGUUUGCAACUGUAUGGGGGGCUGAGUUUUGCUGCGAACCUCGACCGCUUCUCUGAUGCCUUUCGCCGCGACGACGAGGCGCCGGUCCCUCCUGCACCCGCUGGCCCGCGUCCCGCCGCUGCAGCCCUCGGUGCACGGCAGUCUGACGGUGACGAUUCGCUGCCGUUGUUUCGGAGCGCGCCCCGGGCGCUGCCCAGCAAAGGCGUGGGCGAGGCGGAGGGCGUCGCGGCCGCAGAGCAGCACGCGGCGGAGCAACGGGUUGGCGCUGCUUCCACAGGCGUGCGCCUCGGCCUCGAGCAGCUCGACGACAUUGAUCUCGCCUUUGAGCUGCGCCGCCGGACACUCACACUCCAAAGCGCUCCGACCCAACUUCGAGGCAUUCUCCGUUAUGCGCUGCGGACGGGGUUGGAGCAGGCCGUCGCGGGCCCCGGGCCGGACGACACAACCCGUGGCUGGAAACUCUUUUUCUUGGCACCCCGCAUGCUGCUGCACCGCGAGCCCGGCCAAUCGCGCAUCGAACCCGCCGAGCUCGAGCGGCGAGCGGAUGCUUUCCGCCGCGGCGAAUGGCCCUCGCUUCUCCGCGCAGCCUGCGCCGCACCUCCCGCACAGCCUACCCCGCGCUCACUUGCUGAUGGGGCCGACCCGGAACGUCGAGCGGCGCGCGCCACCGCGCUCGUCCACUUGGGGGAACUCUCUGCAGCGACUCGGGCCCUCACUGCUGAGCCACUCGCCGCCGGCAACCAAUCUACGCUCGCUGAACUCCGGGACCCCAGCCGCCGACCUCAAACACCAGUCGUGCCACUCAGCCCGGAGGUGCUCAACCAUGUCGCGGAGCCAUGCCCCAUGCCAGACACGCUCCUGCUGGCCAACCUGCGCGCGGCCCGGCGAGGCUCGGCCGCAGGCCCUUCAGGCAUGACUAAUGAGCACCUGCGCUUGCUGCUGGACGACCCCGACGACUUCACCUUGCUCCACCAGGCAGCACUUCGGUUCGCCAAUGCUGACGUGCCGGCACCUGUUUUGGCAGCCGCACGCCUUGGACGAAUCGUAGCUCUCCGGAAGCCGAAUGGCCGGGUGCGCGCGCUCGUCGUCGGGGAUGUUUUUCGCCGCCUCGUCGCCCGAGCCUUGGCACAGCACUUCGCGGAGGACACCGUGAUGUAUUCGAUCACGUUUGUUGUGGGAGCAUGCCGAACACUGCUCGUACACAGGGCAGGGCGAGUCAUGGAGUUUGGAUUGACGGAAGAGCAGGUCCGCGUGUACACAGAGGCAUUCAAUGACAUGGACAAAAAUCACACCGGUGUCCUGCAACCAACGGAGCUGGGGAUCUUGAUGCGAUCGCGUGGGCAUACGCUGUCAGAUGAGGAUAUGCGGGACCUGGCGGCUGACAGGCACGGGACCGUCACCCUUGCAGACUUUCUACAAAUCAUGGCGAAGCGCGAGCAGGAUGUGCUCCUUCAGCAGAAGCUUGCUCAAGCUUUUGCGGUCUUUGACAAAGAUGGGAGUGGUUUCAUCAGCGUCAAUGCAGAGAGUGAUUUCCGCAAGCAAAUGACGUCGUUAGGAAGCAACCCAUUCACCGACGAGCAGUUCGAAAACUUCCUGAGCGAGUACAGGGCCGAAGCUGCUUCACAACAUCCAGCAGAACAGGACGGCUUGGUGGACUACCAGGCCGACCGAGUUGAAACUUGA